AGCAGUAUAAAAGCAGCUCCUUCUCCUCACUCUCUCAUCCACCCUUCACAUCUCCAGCUCCUUGGGAAUAAGGUGCACCUGCAGCCCCAAGCCAUGUCCUGCUACAGCCCGUGCCGGCCCUGCCAGCCCUGUGGCCCCACCCCGCUGGCCAACAGCUGCAAUGAGCCCUGUGUCAGGCAGUGCCAGGACUCCACCGUCAUCAUCGAACCCUCGCCUGUGGUGGUGACCCUGCCUGGCCCCAUCCUCAGCUCCUUCCCCCAGAACACCGUGGUGGGAUCCUCCACCUCUGCUGCUGUUGGCAGCAUCCUCAGCUCUCAGGGAGUGCCCAUCAGCUCUGGGGGCUUUGGCCUCUCAGGCUUGGGCAGUGGCCUCUGUGGCACGAGGUGCCUCCCCUGCUGAAGCUGCUGGCCAUGGCCCUGGGCAAGGAAGCCAGGGACUGCCAGGAUGGAACCGCCCUGGGGACGCAGCAUCGGCUCUUGGCUUCCCCAGGGGCUGAGCAACCCCAGCAGCUCCUGCAGAAGGAUGGGGCCAGCCUGGGCUCUUGGCAAGCACAGCCCAUCCCUGCCUCUGCCCUCUGCCCCUCUCUCCUUUCCCUCCUGUGUCCCUGUUCCCUUGUGCACCCUGGGCUGUGACCCCACACA